CCGCGCCGAGCCGCUCUUCGCAGGCACCGCCCCGCGCCCUUUGACCCCUACCGGCUUCACGGGCGCAUGCGCGGCGCAUGCGCGGUCCGGGGGCUCGAGGAGUUGCUGGGAAACAUCUGUCGACGGUUGCGGUGGGUACCGGCCGACAUGGCGGCGGCGGCGGCGGAGGCUGCGCUGGCGCGGCUUGUGGCGCCCUUUCUGCUCCUCGCGGCCCAGGUGGCCUGUGAGUAUGGCAUGGUGCACGUGGCCUCCAAGGAUGGGGGCCCGAAAGGCAAAGACUACUGCAUUCUCUACAACCCGCAGUGGGCCCAUCUGCCGCACGACCUCAGCAAGGCACCUCCCUUGCAGCUGCGCAACUGGACGGCCUCCCUCCUCUGCUCUGCAGCCGACCUCCCCGCUCACGGCUUCCACGACCAGAUCCCGCUGGUGGCCCGGGGGAACUGUACCUUCUAUGAGAAAGUGAGGCUGGCCCAGGGCAGCGGGGCACGCGGGCUGCUCAUCGUCAGCAGGGAGAGGCUGGUCCCCCCGGGGGGCAAUAAGACGCAGUAUGACGAGAUUGCCAUUCCCGUGGCCCUGCUCAGCUACAGAGACAUGCUGGACAUCUUCAGGCGUUUCGGCCGCGCGGCGCAGGUGUCGCUGUAUGCGCCUAAUGAGCCGGUGCUGGACUACAACAUGGUCAUCAUCUUCAUCAUGGCCGUGGGCACCGUCGCCAUCGGCGGCUACUGGGCCGGGAGCCGGGACGUGAAGAAAAGGUACAUGAAGCAUAAGCGUGACGACGGGCUGGAGAAGCAGGAGGACGAGGCGGUGGACGUGACGCCGGUGAUGACCUGCGUGUUCGUGGUGAUGUGCUGCUCCAUGCUGGUCCUGCUCUACCACUUCUACGACCUCCUCGUGUAUGUGGUCAUUGGAAUCUUCUGCCUGGCCUCCGCCACUGGCCUCUACAGCUGCCUGGCGCCAUGUGUGCGGCGGCUGCCCUUCGGCGGGUGCAGGGUCCCCAACAACAGCCUGCCCUACUUCCACAAGCGCCCGCAGGUGCGAAUGCUGCUCCUGGCGCUCUUCUGCGUGGCCGUCAGCGUGGUGUGGGGCAUCUUCCGCAACGAGGACCAGUGGGCCUGGGUCCUCCAGGACGCCCUGGGCAUCGCCUUCUGCCUCUACAUGCUGAGGACCAUCCGCCUGCCCACCUUCAAGGCCUGCACGCUGCUGCUGCUGGUGCUCUUCCUCUACGACAUCUUCUUCGUGUUCAUCACGCCCUUCCUGACCAAGAGUGGGAGCAGCAUCAUGGUGGAGGUGGCCACUGGGCCCUCGGACUCAGCCACCCGCGAGAAGCUGCCCAUGGUCCUGAAGGUGCCCAGGCUGAACUCCUCGCCUUUGGCUCUGUGUGACCGGCCCUUCUCCCUCCUGGGCUUCGGAGACAUUUUGGUGCCAGGGCUGCUGGUGGCCUACUGCCACAGGUUCGACAUCCAGGUCCAGUCGUCCAGGGUCUACUUCAUGGCCUGCACCGUCGCCUAUGGUGUCGGCCUCCUCGUGACGUUCGUGGCGCUGGCCCUGAUGCAGCGUGGCCAGCCCGCCCUCCUCUACCUGGUGCCCUGCACGCUGGUGACGAGCUGUGCCGUGGCACUCUGGCGCCGGGAGCUGGGCGUGUUCUGGACGGGCAGCGGCUUUGCGGUGAAUACCAGUUUGCUCUGACUGUGAGAAAUACUCGCCUAGUGAGCCCUAACUAGAGUUAAAAAAGCCCUACCUCCAUCUCCGUGGGCCCCAGCGCCUGCCGACGGCCCGCAGCCACCGAAAGACCGUGCCACGCCGCUGUCCCCGCAGCCGCCCAGCGGAGAACCGGCUACGUCCCCCCGGCCUGCUGAGCGGUCCCCAGAACCAGGCCCGCCCGAGGAGAUGGGGCCUGGAGCCCCCACACAGGAGCCCGGGAGCCCGGCCGAACUCGAGGGCCCGGACCAGGCCCAGCAGCACCCCGUGGCCCCGCCCGGCACCGUGGUCUAGGGGAGGGGUGAGACGCUCGCAGCUGUGCUGUCCACCAGGAUGGUGGGGAUGCCUGGCGCCUGCCGGAGACAGACAGACGCCUGCUCCCGGGACUGAGCCUGCGCCGGCCCUGCCCACCCUGACAUGGUGCUGAUCCUCACCAAGGCCCCCGCGGUCCGCGCCCAGCCCCGCCCAGCUGCCCCGGCUGCCCACCUGCUGCUCCAAGCUCACCCGGCUGCCACAGGCCUCCUGUGGUCCGUCCUCCUCGCCGGGUCCGUCCUCUCUGCAGACCUCCAGCGCCGUCUGCACGAGGGAGCUGCCCACGGCCGCACUGGUGCUUACCGGCUGCUCCGUCCUUCUGGUGACCUUCCUCACGGUGUCCAGCUCUCCGGGCUGAAGAGCGGCUCUCUGCCUCUGGGAGGCUAGCCUUUCCCUCCUGCGCGGACUGGAGACCCGUGGGGCAGGGUUUCGGGCGUGAAUGAGGCCGGCCUCACGUGAGCAGACGAGCUGCUCCCCUGGCCAAGGCCCCGCCACCCUCAGGCAGUCCCGGGGCGCCUGGCCGCGCUGCACACUCCUCCCCGUCUUAAUAAACGGUCGCCACUGCUGCACGUCCAGCGUUGCCUGGUGGGGCGGCAGUCUCAGACUGCCCUUCUGACAAGGGGGAUGGGCGCCAGGCAGGCCGGGUCAGGCCCUUGGGGGUCCCUGGGGCUGAGGGAGGGAGGGUCUGGGCCGCAGGAGGCCGCAGCAGCUCCCGGCACCCGACCUCGCUUCCCGUGUGGGCCCCGUGUGGCUUCCGCGGAGAGGGGCUUGGCCCUCAGCUCUCCCUGUGGCGAGGGCAUUGGUGUGUGAGUUCGUAACCCUCUGGACCCCGCGGCCAGGAGCUUCUGGAACCUAUAUCCUGCCACUGGCGUGGUCUCCUCACCAACCCUGCUGGUUCUCCCGACCCCGUGGCAGAGAUGUCCGCGCUAGAACUGACCGAGGCGUGGCCCUGGCCUCCUCCCAUCGCUGCACGUGGUCACUUCCAAAGCAAUGGAGCCGCAUUGCACGGUACAGGGCUGCCCGCCGUGCCAGGACCCUGGCCCUGCCCACUCCCGCCCCUUCCACGCAGCCUGCAUCCAAGUCCGCAAAUCUGUGUCUCGAUGUUAAGCCAGGCGCCCCCAGCUGCACAUGGGACUGCUGAACGCUGCGCUGUCUGGCGGGUCUGUUUCAGACAGGUGGCCGGGGUGAGCCCCGAUCCCUUCCCAAAAAUACCAGCAGGAGACUCGCAGGCACCUUUGAGCCGCGUCCCGGGGAGUAGUGGCGCCUUCCCUGAAGCCAUUUUGUACAUGGGACGGGGUGGGGACUUCUCUUUUCUGGUGUUGGACCUUUGACCAGUGUGGAGGGGUCAGAGGUGGCGGUCCUGGCCUCGUCUCUGGCUGUCCGUUUGGCCUCGCUGCCGUUCAGUCUGAUCAUUAAACUCAGCUUUUGAUACACGUG